AUAUCUCGCGUUACAUUUGAAAAGGGCCUAUCCCCAGAACGUAAACAUUGAGAAAAAUCGAUGCAAACAUUUUUCAUCACAUUUUCUAUUCGUAUUUCUCAGUUUGAGGAUUUUUCAACAUGCUUUCCGUUCUGAUGACACAAGAUUAGAUGUAUCUAUGCAUCAAUAAUCAAAAUUGCACUAAAAUUUAUCAGAAGAGUAUUAAAAAUGAUAGAUAAACAUGUUAAGCUAAUUUGAAAUAUUUCACCCGGGUUCGGCCUUAUUGUGAGUCUUUCUAAAAUUUUCUUAGCGUGGUUCGGCCCCCCGAGUGAGUCCGAUGUUGACAUCGAAUCAAGGCUCGGCCCUUUUUGAGAGAGAGAAUUCUCUCUCUCGGCGUUCGGGCCGGGAGCCGCUCGGAAAAUUUUCGGUUGUCGGCCCUUUAAACGAGAAGGCUUACCAAUGUAAACAAAAUUUUACCGUUACUGGUCCAUUUGGAGCACAGGCUUAUGAAUGAUUGGGAAAAAAGCAGGGAUUGGCCGUUUUGAAGGUGGGGUUUAUUCUGAUAAGGUUAACGGUUAGGUGGGUGAUCUUUGCACAGUAGGUUACUGUUGGGGGAUGCUAUGGAAUGGUAUCAAAAUCGAUUUGUUUACAUUUUAGGGAUAGGCCCUUUUCAAAUGUAACGCGAGAUAUCGGAGCGGAAGUGGAGCGGAAGAGGGAGGGAACGAACGAUGACUGAAAAAAAUCACACAACUUUGACGUUUUUCCAGUUUUGAGGUGGAAAAAAACUUCACGCGGAAUCUAUGGGUCCUGAUUUUCUUGUGCGGGGUUUGUGAAUUGUGUGCGCUUGGAAGUCGUUGAAGAAUCUCGCAAAGUGGAAGGAUUUAGCCUUUGAUGGUGAAGGUGAAAACGUCAGAUGCAGAAGAAGCAAGCAUCUCUCUGGUCCGCCGAGGAAGAAGAUGGAAAAAAAUUUCUUCCAGUUUAUACGACAUGCAACACAAGAACAGUAAAAGUUUAGUGAUUUUGCGAUGAUCAUCAUCAUCCGAUAGCCCAGUGUGCAAGAAAAGACUUACAUAUAUAUGAAAUCGUGUGCAAUACUGUUUAGUUACUAAGAGGAACAGAGUAUUGAAACUAGUUACGGCGGUUAACGCAAUUACCGAAACUACUCCCCCCAAGAAAAUCAACCAUCAUCAAUGCAUAGUGAGGAUGAUCUAAUUGCUCGCACUCACAAACAGCAAACGACGCAGCAAAUCACGACUGUCACGAAGGUCGUGCGCGAGGUGAAGCAGUUGGGACCGGAUGGGCAACCGUUUGAUUAUGUAGCAAUGCCUCUCGAAAUGGGACCCGAUGGACAACCGAUCGACUACGUGUCGAUGCCGAUGGGAAUCUACACGACUCGGUCGCAGUACAUGAACUACAAUCAUCUGGACCAGCAGGAACAGAUGGCCGCGGCAGCAGCGGCCUCGCAAUCGCAUAUGGCACCCGGUGGGAAAAACAUGACAGGACCCGGCGACAAGGGACAGUAUCAGACGCAUUACCAAGAUUACGAACACUACUCACAGUAUACGGAUUCCGGCUAUGAUCCGGCCGGUGUGCAUCAUCCGCCUCAUCCGCAGUCCUACCUCGGAGAGUAUCAGAUCAAUGACCGCUCGACGCCUCACAAUUCCAGCGAAAACAGUGAAUCCUCGAUACCGCUCCCCAUGAACGUGCCUCAGAUGGGAAAUCCAUCGGCCAACCUCCUACCACCGGGAUAUAUGCAGGGACAGUACGACGAAAUGGGCGAAUACGUAAUAGCACCAUCUCCCGGAGGUCCAGUCGAUCGGCUCUAUCCGGACAACCCCUCGGCAAUGGUCUACGGAUAUGUGUCAACUCCUCCCUACGGAACGAUCAGUUCCCACGGUCAUAUGGAUCCAUCCGGUGCCAGCGAACCGACGUACGCCACGAAACAGCUUGCCUAUGAAGCGGCCAGUGCCAGUCAGAGGGGUGUCCCUCCGGAAGGUGCCUGCUACUACGACGGCGAGGAUGAUCUCCCUCAGCAUAUGCAAAACCUACAAAUUCAUAACCACGUCUUUCUACAGCAUCACAUCAUUACCUCCCCUGGGGGUAACAAUCGGCCUGGCGGGGGAGGCCCAGAUGGCCCCGAUCUCGAUGACCAGCGCCAGAUGAAGUGGCGAGAUCCCAACCUAACCGAAGUGAUCGGUUUCCUCAGUCAUCCUAACAACGCCAUCAAAGCCAACGCCGCCGCAUAUCUGCAGCAUCUGUGCUACAUGGAUGACCCGAAUAAGCAGCGAACACGAACUCUCGGCGGCAUCCCUCCGCUGGUCAAACUUCUAGGUCAUGAAAACACUGACGUGUACCGAAAUGCAUGUGGUGCCCUGCGAAACCUUUCCUACGGUCGACAGAACGACGAAAACAAACGUGCAAUCAACAGUGCCGGAGGCAUCCAGGCGCUGAUCCACCUGCUCCGGCGGACAUCCGAAUCCGACAUCAAGGAGCUGGUAACCGGUAUCAUCUGGAACAUGUCCUCGUGUGAAGAUCUGAAGCGGUUCAUCAUCGAUGAUGCGAUCAUAGUGAUUGUGUCGUACAUUAUCAUUCCCCACUCGGGUUGGGAUCCGACGAACCCGGGUGAAACCUGCUGGAGCACCGUGUUUCGGAAUGCGUCCGGCAUCCUGCGGAACGUGAGCUCCGCCGGAGAGUAUGCGAGGAAAAAGCUGCGCGAGUGUGAAGGUCUAGUGGAUUCCCUGCUGUACGUGGUGCGGAUAGCGAUCGAGAAGUCCAACAUCGGCAACAAAAUAGUGGAAAACUGUGUCUGUAUACUGCGGAAUCUGUCCUACCGGUGCCAGGAGGUGGAGGAUCCCAACUACGACAAAAAUCCCAUUCCGCACUACAGCAGCGCGGACGGGUCGCAUGGCAGCGCGAUUGUGAGUGCGGCCUCGUCCAAGGGUGAGAAUUUGGGUUGUUUUGGUGCGAGCAAGAAAAAGAAGGAACAGCAAGCGGCAGCGGCUGCGGCCCAGCAGGCUGCCGAUGCGAAGGACCAUUCCAGUGCGAACGGGGAUCCGGCCAGGAUGGCCUACAAGAACACGGCGCAUUAUAAAGGAGCGGAGCAGCUGUGGCAGCCCGAUGUUGUACAUUCCUACCUUGCCUUACUGCAGAGUUGCUCAAAUCCGGAAACGCUGGAAGCGGCGGCCGGUGCGUUGCAGAACCUGGCCGCCUGCUACUGGCAACCGAGCAUAGAAAUCCGUGCCACCGUGCGGAAAGAGAAAGGUCUACCGAUCCUGGUGGAGCUGCUCCGAAUGGAGGUGGACCGGGUAGUGUGUGCCGUGGCGACCGCCCUGCGGAACCUAGCUAUCGACCAAAGAAACAAAGAAUUGAUCGGAAAGUACGCGAUGCGAGAUUUGGUCCAGAAGUUACCUUCGGGCAAUCCGCAAUGCGAUCAGGGCACCUCGGACGAUACGAUCGCCGCAGUGCUGGCAACUCUGAACGAAGUGAUCAAGAAAAAUGCGGAAUUUGCUAGGUCUUUGCUGGAAGCGGGAGGCGUCGAGCGAUUAAUGAACAUGACGAGGCAACGGCUAAAAUACACUCCAAGGGUGUUGAAAUUUGCCGGGCAACUGUUGUUCACCAUGUGGCAACACCAGGAACUGAGAGACAUGUACAAGAAGCACGGCUGGAAGGAGCAGGACUUUGUGACGAAGACGAUCGCCUCGCGGAAUGUGAAUAGCAGCAACGGUGGCAGUUACAGUGACAAUUCGCCUAACUCACCCAACAACACUCUGAACCGUCCGAUGGCAUCCCAAGGUGGAACCAGAUACGAAGAUCGAACCAUGAAGCGGCAGCAAGCGUCCAACAACGGCGGCCAGGCGAUGUCUCUUCCUCCGAGCGACGGAGCGGUCAAGAUGGGUAAGUCUGGCGCGGCAGCUCGGGUAGAUUCUAGUCAUCGUGAGUCGUUCUAAUGUGUCGCUUUUCCCGAACUUGUAGGCAGAUGAAUCUACCGCCGCCAAGAAGCACAAUCCGAUCUAGCAGGUUAGGACAGAAGAAGAGCGUAGCUUAACAUCCAACACUACACCACAACCACCACCCACAUAACAACACACAAUUUCGAGUCGAAAGUAGGACACGGCGGCGUGCGCAGCUAUUGUAUAAGUAGCUAUCUCUCUAUCUAUUUAGGAAGCAAACACUCAAAUUGAAACACUGAAACAGGUACACUCUCUCCCAUCAGCUCAUGCCAGAGACCUGGUGCGAGUUCGGUUAGCAAACCUACCUACUUCCCUCUUUUUGUGUAUUCACACGUGUGGAAGGAUUGUUUUCCCCGCCGCCGGAGAAACCAAUAACUAAGGGGAAUCAAACUGACUCAAGGAGUAACGUAUAGCGACAGACACACACAGGAAGGUAUAUUAUUAGGAAAACUGAAACAUACCGCAAGCUUAUAAGCAGAACAGUGGCGCGCGCAGCAAAUGACGACAGCUCACAGUAAGCAGUAGCAGCUAGUAGCAAACAAGGGAAUCCCUACCAUUGAAAUUCGUAGAGAAGUUCAAACACACAUACAAAAAAUCAGAAAGUUAAUAUAUUGGAAUCCUUCCACCACCACCGUCAUCACCACACUAUGCAAUGUUCUUAUUCGAUAGAGCGCGCUCUUUCGGGAGUUUCACUUGUUCGCAUCGGAUGUUUAAUGCGUUAACAUUUGUUCCUAUUGUCUUAGGUUUUCCUAGCGGUUCUUAAAAUUUAAGUGCAUUGAAUGAAAACUCUUUCAACGAAGCUAGGGGCUGAUCAUGUGGAUAGAACGUAACUUUAUAAUUUCAAAGUUGUUUACCUGUUCAAUAGUUUGAAGGAAACCAUUUCAGUUUCUAAGCAUAAAUCUUUCUGAGUCGAUUCAAGAGCUCUUGAUUUUCCUAAAAGUUGGAUUUUACUUUAGGGAUUUCUGCGAAAGCUCCUUUCAGAGCUUUCAGGAAUUUCAUCAGUGUUCCAUCCGGGUUCUUGCCAAAAUUUGUUCUAGAUUUGAUCCUCCUGAGAAUUCUUCUGUUAUUCCUCCCAGGAUUAUCCCAGAGAUUUUCGCGGGAUUUCUCCAAGAUGUUCGCAAGAUUUCUGCUUGAAUUCCCUUCGGUAUUACUCUCCAAAACGUGACCGAUAUUCCUGCAGUUUUUUUUUUCUUAGAGUUUUCCUGCGGGAUUAUCAAGAGGAUCUUCCGAGAUUCUUGUGAUAGCUCCUCUUGCUCUCGAGAACUCUAACAGAGUUCUUCGUGGGAUUUGUCCAGACAUUCCUCAGGGAUUUCUCUUAGGAGGGUUUAUACGGGAUACCAGGUUCUCGACAGAAUCUUUCCAAGACGCCCUUCUCAGAAUUAUGCAGCUGUACUUCUCGGAAUUCUUCCAGACGUUUUGACGGGAUUUCUCCCAGACGCUCCAUAGCCUUUUGCAUGAAUACCUUCCGAUAUUUCUCUCUGAAACACGUAUGCUAUUUUCCUAAUAGUUUCUUCCGGAAUUUCUGCAAGAGCUUCUUUCGGGAUUGUUUCCAGAGUUCCAGGUAUUUCAACAGGAGUUUUCUUAGAGGGUUUGUACCGGGAUCCCUUGUACUUUCUUCCGGGUUCUUGUCAAAAUUUGUUCCUGAUUUUUUCAGGAGUUCCUCCUGAGAAUUCCCAAGUUAUUCCUCUCAGCAUCAUCCCAGAGAUUUUGCGGGAUAUCUUCCCAGAAGUUUCCUGCUUGAUUUCCUUUCGGUAUGACUCUCUAAACCUGAACGAGCUGUCUGUUUUUAUUUGAUUUUCCCAAUAACUUGUCCUGCGGUAUUUUCUUUUCACCUAAAGAAUCUUCUGAGAUUCCGAUUGAUUCCGAAAUUGUGAGAGCUCCCCCGGGAAUUCUUCCAUAGUUUCUCGUGGGAUUUGUCUUAGAGGGUUUAUACGGGAUCUCUUGUAGUGUUCCUUCUGGGUUCUCUACCAGAGUUUGUUCCGUAAUCUUUCCAGGAUGUCCGCCUCAGAAUGCUGCAGUUGUUUCUCUUGGAAUUCUCCCAGAAACUUUUGCGAGAUUUUUCCAAGACGAUCCCAAGAUAUCUGAUUGCGACCGAGAGUUUUGCUGUUUUUCUUGAGAUUUCAUCAUAGAUUUCUAUUCUGCUUAUUUUUUUAGAACUUCUUCCGUGAUUUUUAUGGGUGCUCUUUUUGGGAUUUCUUCCAGAGGAAUUGCUUUCAGAGUACAUGUUUGAAUACAUGUCGGUAUUACUCUCUAAAGCGUGACUGAGAUUUCCGUUUGUUUUUCUUGAGGUUUGAGUUACCUAAAUUUCCCUGUCGGAAUUUUUCCCAGAGGCAAUUCCUGGAUUUCUGCGAGAGCUCCUCCAGAGAUUUCAUUCGGAGUUCCAGCUGGGAUAUUUCCUAACAUUACUCCAGAUAUUUCACUUAGAUGGUUUUUACGGGAUCUCUUGUAGUGUUUCUCCCAGUUUUUUACCUCCAUUUUCUAGGAUCAGUUCUUCCUGCGAUAUCUUUACAGAACUUUCUCCCUAGAUUAGCAGGGAUUUCCUCUGCUUCCAGGAUUGCUUCCAAAGGUUUUUCCGGGAUAUCUCUUGGUAUUUUCGGUGAGAUUUGUAGAAGAGUUCCUCCACGAUUUCUCUCUGAACUUUUUUUUUCAGGGUUUCUGCAAAAGUUUCUUCUAUAAGUUAUCCCAGAUUUUCUGCAGGAAUUCAUCGUAUGAUUUCUCCUGGAGUUUAUAUCGAGGUUUGUUGGAAAGUUUCCUAGGAUUUAUCAACAAGUUCUUUCUGAUAUUACUAUCGAAGUUCGUCCCGGGAUUUCGUCAUCUCUUUCUUCUAAGAUUUCUGUGGGGGUACCUCGCAAACUAUUGUCCAGAGUUUUGUAAGAUUUCAAGGAAAACAAAUCCAGAAGAAACGCUGGAAAAAGUUGUACCUCAAGCCUAACAAUAUAUACUACAUUUCAAUGAUGCUUGGUUGCAAACGUUUCGAGGACGGUAUUCACUAUGUUAGUUUUCCAAUUCAUUCGCCAAGUAUUCUUGUUUGUAGAGUUUCCUCGGAUUGUUGGGGAAGUUUCUAUAGCUAAUGAAGCUGUAAGAUAUUUGUACAGCUUAUCAGCCUGGUUUUUUAGAAUUGAAGCUUUCCCAAACGAUAAAACAUUCCCCAUGUGUGGGGAUGUUUGUAAAGCUCGGAUUAUAGUUAAUAUUUCGCCACAUGAUCAGCAUUUGCCAGUAAAGUUUUAUCUGCAUUCACAUCUUUUUUUGGAAAACUUUAAACCUUCAUGUGCACCUAAAUAUCGUAAUUGACGCACAUUUUUCUACCCACAUAAGAAAAAGAGUUGCAUGUUGUUCUUAGUUGAUCGUUAGUUAUGGCUCCUAAACUCAUUGUUAAUCAUAGAAGAAACAUCCUCAUCGUUGUUCACUCUCUUGCACGCAUACCCUAUUAUACAGAAUUGCACCCCUUCCUCCCCCACUUUACACGGUUCCCUAUUUCACACCGGAAAUAAUUAUAUUCAGGCAUUAGUCGUUGUGUACCAUCGGUGUCGAGCGAAGAAUACGAGCCGUGUAUCAACGGCUGUCAUAAGUGUGUACUGCCCAUACAACUGUUGGCAAAGGUAUAGACGCGCGGAAAUAUUCUAGAUACUCAUACGACACUGGAAGCGUCACCCCCAAUCCAAUCGAUCUGUAAUUAUAGCGGUGAUCGUGGGUCAUGUAAGCCUACUGCUGCUGCGCCGCAGUGUACAUUCAGAACUUAGGAAAGAUUGUUUUGCAUAGAAUGCAUGUGGCCGGCGUUGAACGAUCGACAACAGUGUGAAUGCGGUAUUUUAAAAGUACGGUCACGUUUAGGUAAAACUAAAUUUGGGGAAAAAGGAGAAGAGCUCACAGAAAUAACGACAACAAAAGCAGGAACAAAACAGCAACAAAUUUUUAUCCCUCGCUACCAAUCAUAAAUUGAAUAGAGUCUAGACUUAAUCGUGCAAACACAACCGCUGGAAUGGUCAGAAUCCAACCUUACAAGUGGAUAACCGAAGUUUCUCCAAGCGGAUCAGCCAGCCAUAAGGAAUUUCUCAUCAGAAGGCUAAUUAAGGCGAUAAAACACUGCUCAAAGGGCUUAAUGUGCAUGUAACAAACGCAAGAAACCAUGGAAAAUCACGCGAAAGCUAAGCAAACGAAGAUGCAACAAGAAAACCAGGAAGUAAGAAGAGCAUUCAAAACAGUAGAUUAGAACAAAUUGAACUAAUUGAUAAGCUGGUCGAACGGCGGAAGCGCAGAACAUUUACUAAGACAAGUUUAACAUCUAAUCAUAGCAAGAAUAACUAAACAAAUAAUGUGGAUAAAAGUAAUAAUUUUAUGGUCAAUUUUAUCAGUAUAAAACAAGUUACGAAAAAAUCCAAACAAAAACAAAAAACGAAUUAUAGGAAUCACCAAGCUCACUUUUGCAUUCACACACACACACACCCUCAUCCGCAUAUAGAGCAAGCAUCAUCAGCAAGUAAGAAAAAAAUAAUCGAAAAUAAAGGAAAACUGUCGCAUCGUCAUGAUAACUCUGAGCACGCAUUUAGUGGAAACCGUAGGGGACUUAAAUCGUCAUAACACAAAACAAACCUAACAUUCUCACUCAUUCCUAAGCUGAAGAAGGACACAGAAAAAGAUUGAAAAAGCAAAACUAGCGCAAAAAUAUCAACACUCUGUAUUUUCGUAUAGUCGUUCGUACACCACAGUUUUGGUCUAACCCGUCAUAUUUCCUACACUAACAGUAUGUCCCAUGUGGAUUGCUAGAAAAAGAAAAGAAAAUUGUUAACUGUAAUUUUUGGUUGUUGUUGCAUAUAGUUCGUCUUUAUUUCAUCGUGGAAUAUCUAUGUAUUCAUUCAUCAUCAGUCGGGUCAUAUUAAUACGAGUAAAACAUAUGUACCGUUGAGGAUUUCCCCGUAACCUCUUAGAACCGAGGGAAAUUGGAAUUUAGAAAAUUGUCAGUAUGGUUCACUGAGCUAUUGGGAUAUUUUUAUGAAACGAGUAUAAUGCUAGAAACAAUUCGGUAUGAGCUUUGAUUUCUUAUUGAGUACGGUAAAAAUUUACUUCGGAGUGAGCUUUGAAUUCUUAUUGAGUAGGGUAAAAAUUUACUUCAUCAUAUGCGCUAUUUCCCGUCACAUCAGACGAAAAAUAGCCAAUCAUUACUGAUAGUUCGACUUACAUUAACCAAUGUCUCAUUAGAUGGAAGCAAAAAGAUGUAGACCAUCGAUAACCAGCCUCUUUUGCACUGGAAAUCGAAUAUAAUUUCACUAAAUUUCACGUUUCAAUUUUACACCACUAACGAGUUAACAAUUUUUCUCGUCUUGCGUUCGACGAAGGAAACCACACCAAGGCAGCAGUUAGCUGAAGUGUUCUUCAUCGCCGUACACUUUUCACUUCGCUAGAUUCACUUGUUGAACCAACCUUCAUUUCACACCCCACAAAAGCUCUUUGGCACUUCAAAGUUGGUUUUCACUGCUGCAGAAUGCAUCAAAAGCUGUCCAAUUAAUGAAAUUAAUCGUCUUUUCCCGUGGGUAAAAUGUUUGUUUACAGUUGUCUUCGCCUAGGGAGGAUGCAAACACAUGUUCGCGUGGAUUUUCUUCAUACGAAACAUCGUAUAUCACAACCACAGAGAAGGAUUUCUUCGUUGCGCUGGAAUGGGGGACAAAUUAUUUGCAAGAUGCUUCCUGAUAAAAUGUUCGAUUUACGCGUUCGAAGGAUACUCUGAAAGAUCCCAUGAUUACUUUAUUAUCCUCAACGGUACACGGAGUUCACAUCAUUUUGAAUGUGCAAAUUCUAAUUCAUUUAGCUUUAGUUUGAUACGAUUGGCGUACUGAUUUUAAACAGAUAAAAGACAAAUGAUCUUCAAGUUGUAGAAAUGCAUGUUCAAUCCAAACAGAAAUGCCCAUUAAUCCACGAUAAAACAUGUUUUUUUUUUCUCUAGAUUUGUAGAUUUUUAAGAUCACCCACUAUGACAAACGGGCAAGUUCUUAUGAAGAGACAGCUUAUUAUUCCUAGAUAUUUCAACACUUCACUUAGGUUCGUACUUACGAGUUGUUCAAUGAAAAAUCUACGCGGAUUAUUUAAAACCCCCAGCCCACAACAUAACCACAUACACACAUUCAUACCUGGUAUAAACCGAAGGAAACGAAAGGAAAGCGUAAAACAAACUAAUUACAAUUAAUAUCGAAAUUAUGAUUAUGAAAAAAAAAAACACAAAAUAUUGUAUCGACGAUUGUGGGAAGAAAAAAGUGCAUGGAAGAGCGAAGUUACGAGAAAAACAAACAAAAUUAGGAACAAAAAUGAAAGUGUAGGAAAGCAAAAAAAUAAACUAACGAAAACACGACAAGAGUGGAAUUUCUCAAUGCGAAGGACAACGCAAUCUUUUUCCAUUGAAUGAGCCAUGACUGAAGUGGUAACUGCAGAAGCAGCGAGCGAAUGAUGAUUGAAAUUACUUAAUCUAAAACAAAAAAACAAGCAUGCAAACGUAUAUACAACACAAUUAAACAAAAAAAAACAACCAGUAAAUGUAUGUAUUCCAGGACGAACAACACUCUUGACUUAAAAAAAAACAACAGAAAGAAUCAGCAAGGAAGCGAACGAAAAAUUCGUUACAGCCCGAAUGUUAUAUUAUAUUAAACGACUAAGUAUGUAGUUGAAUUUGGAUUCCAUUCAUAUAUAUAUUUAACAUACCUACAUUGAUUAUAAACAGUAUACAUAUUGAGUAAAUCGAAUUGAUGGAAGCAACACACGGACAUAAACAAGAACAAGACAAACACACACACACGCAUACACGUAAAUCAUAUUAUAUUAUUAUCGCCUUUCGUAGGAAUGCCUUUUAUUUAGUUCUAUACAUAUAUUUACCUUUAUUUUAUUUUUUUUUAUUGUACUAUGUUCUCUUACUUUCUUGCAAAAUUUAUACUCUGAUUACAAUUAGUAACAGUUAAGGGAAAGCAAACAAAUAUUUUAAAAACCGAUAAGCAUACAUAAUUUUUGAAAUGCAAUAAAAAGUAAAUAAAUUAUUGAUAUUCAAAAUAAUUGAA